CAUGCGGGUGUUGUCUGGCCUCGGCUGGACUCAGAGUCGCUGGGUUACAGGCAUAUCGCUGCCUCGUCCAUCGGGCCAGCAACAGGCCGCACCUGGUGGGCAUGUGUGUGUCGACUGCCACUCGCGGUGUGCCUCUCUCGCAAUGCGCCUCUCUGGUAAUUCCGUUCUGUCAUCGGCGUCCUCUUGAGGCAGAGCUAUUCCUCGAGGCAAAAGCCGGCGUCCGCUUCAGCCUCCUGCCACCGCCACUCAUAAGCACACCACGAAAGACAUCCACUAGUUGCGCCAUGGGAUUCGGAAUCGAUUUGUGGGACCAAUGGAAGGAGGUCGAAGAGUACGCCGGCCAGAAUGCAGUCUUUAUGGACCGCAUAUACGAAUUUAUGAAAAAACGGGCCGAGCUGGAGAUGGACUACGCAAAGGGGCUGCAGAAGCUCGCAAAGUCGUAUCGCGACGAUCCCUCCAAGAAGAUGACCGGGAUACAAAAGAUGGUUCAGGCCAGCUCCGUGAUGCAGAGUUGGAAUCUGCUUCUCAACGAGGUGGAGUCACUCGGAAACUGUCACCAGAGUGUCGCCGAUCAAAUCGAGACCGACAUACGUCGACCCAUGAAGCAACAGAGCAAGGAUAUCGAGCGGUUUACAAAGGAGAGCUUUGACGAGAUCCGCAAAAUGUAUUCGGAGCUCAAGAAGCAAGUCGAGCUCAUGGAAAAGCAACGCGAAAAAUACGAAAAAUCUGUCAAGGACAUGGAUUCGGUGCGAGCAAGCUACGAGAAGGCUCAAAAGGAUGUGCUUACGACCAAAAACCAGGAUAAACUUGUCAAAGAAGUGGAGCGACUUCGAGUCGAGGCUGAGCGCAAGGCUGUCUCGGCUCGCGAUGCCUUGGAGGCGUACAAGAAGUGCAUCGCCGAAACCAACCAGAAAAAGAACAGCCAUUUCACCGUCGAUGUCCCAAAGACUCUCGAUGCUAUGCAGCAAUACGACGAGCAGCAGAGAAUAGCCUUCACUCGGACCAUGUUCCAAAAGCUGAGCGGUCUUGUCCGAGGCAGUCUCCCCUCGAUACAGGGAGGACUGGAUCUAAUGGAGAAGACCUUUGCCACCAUCGACCCAAAGUACGACUCGGAUCUGGUGAUCAAGAUGCUCAAGACGACCCAGACCCCGCCUGAUGAUUUUGUAUUCGAAGGAAAGGUGGAUGUGGGUACGUGCUUGCAGCCCAAAAACGAUGACGCCCUGAAAUCACCGACAAAGUCUGGCGACAAGUUGGAGGAGACCGAAGAUGAGAUUGUCGCCCUUCCAACCAAGAAAGGCAAAAAGAAGGCCAUCGACCGUCUCAAGUCUCUGGAAAAGGAGAUUGCCGACUACGAUCGCAAACGAACAGGCGUCGAGUCCCUCAUGGGGGCCUGUCGGGUCCUUGUCGACGACCACCAGGUUCAGUCGCAAAAGGACCUCGAGGCGCAGCUCAAUCUCGUCGAGUCCAAGCUCGACUCGCUGCUUGCCCGGAAGCACAAGAUCGAGGUCUAUCUCUGCACCGUCGAAGGCAUUCCUAUUCCUCAGCCUCCGCAGCCCGUGCACGGCCGCUCUCUGACCGGCUCGCCUGUGACCAUGAAUCGUGCCAUGUCUAUCGGCACCGAGUCCAUGUCCCGUGGCUCCGUCGGAUUUGAUUCUACGACAGCCAGCAUUCCUGUCAGUCCGUCGACAGCGAUUCCCGAGGAGGGUGCAGAGUCCACCAUCCCUCCGGCGGCACACGCAACUCUUGCAGGAUCAGAUAGAGUUCUUUCCAAGACCAAGGUUAUUUUUGAUUUUGAUGGCGCCCCCGACUCUGCCGAGCUGUCGGUCAAGGUGGACGAGAUUCUCGAUGUCUUGGAGAAGCUGGACGACGGGUGGUGGCGCUGCCGCAAAUCCGACAAUGGAGAACUCAAGGAGGGCUUUGUUCCCGGUAACUAUACGGAGGAGAUUCAGAACUAGUCGCCCUGCGCGAGACAGCGGCAACGACCGUUCCUGGCAGAGUAGAGAAGCAAGGCGCCUCGAGUGACUAUCUCGGAGGCGACCGACAAAGAGCGAGGCCCUCAGGAAGCUCUGGGUCUGCGCAGCAGUAAAUACAGCAUGUCCAGCAGAAAAUACAGCAUGUCCAGCAG